AUGGCACAGGCCCAGGUCUUGACCAGACUCCAAAAAGAGACCAAAUGCCCCAUCUGUCUGGAUGACCUGACAGACCCAAUCACCAUCGAGUGCGGACACAAUUUUUGUUAUUCCUGUAUCGUAGACUUCUGGGCAGAACAGCAAGCCACGUUCUCCUGUCCUGUCUGCCGACACCAGUGCCAACACAGGAACUUCAGAACCAAUGCCCAGCUUGGAAAAAUGAUCGAAACUGCCCGGCUGCUCCAAGGUAUGAAGAGCAAAAGCAAGAGGCAGGAAAUCAGCACCAGUUGUGAGAAGCACGGCCAGGUCUUGACCCUCUUCUGUGAGAAUGACCUUGAGCUUCUGUGUGACCAGUGCAGGGAGCUUGAGAGCCACCAGCCCCACCAGGUGAUAUCCAUUGCAGAGGCUGCCUCUCUCCGCAGGAAUAACCUUCAGGGCUAUAUCAAGAUCCUGAAGUGGCAAGUGGAAGAGGUUCAGGUGUUAAUGAGCUGGCAAAGCAGAAUGACCCUGACCCUGAGGGAGCAGGCAGAGGCACAGAGGUCGCAACUAACUUCUGAGUUUGAGCAGCUCCUCUGGCUUCUAGACCAGGGACAGCAGGCAGCUUUCUCGAGUUUAGAAGAUGAGGAGAAGAGGGUGGAGAAGGAACUGCUUCAUAACAUAGCAUCAUUAGAACGCUAUGGCUCCAUGCUCAGAGACUUCCUGAGUCAGUUGAUGCAGACCAGAGAUCUCUCCGAAGCCCAGAUGCUGUCUACCGUCAAGGAUUUGUACUUGACUUGUAAGAAUCAGCUCAUCGAACCAACCAUUUUACCAGUUCGGUUAAGAAAAGAAGUGUACAGCUUCCCUCUCCAAGGUUCAGCCCUACAGAGAGUUAUACAGCAUUUUACAGACACCGUUACUCUAGACCUGAAAACAGCCCAUCCAAACCUGCUUAUUUCUGAGGAUAGGACAUGUGUAACAUUUACAAAGGAAAGACAACGUGUGCCUGGUUCUUCAAGUUUUACCAAGAGCCCCGUCGUGUUGGGGAUUCCAUGUUUUAAUUCUGGGAGACAUUUCUGGGAGGUGCAGGUAGGAAAGAAGCCUGAGUGGGCAAUUGGCAUUUGCAAAGCUGAUUUAUCCAUCAGGGAAAGGCAGUCCUCUAACCCCCAGGGAUGCUGGAGAAUCGUGUGGCAGGGGGACAGCUUUAAUGUCUCAGGAGCUGACCCAGACUCUCAGCUGAAGGCCGCAAGAGCCACAAGCAUCGGUGUCUUCCUGGACUAUGAACUGGAAGAGGUUUCCUUCUACGGCAUGCCUGAGAAAUGUCACCUCUAUACUUUCAGGGACAGUUUUUCUGGGCCUCUCUGUCCUUAUUUCUACAUAGGGCCUCAGUCAGAACCUCUUAGACUCUGUUCUGCCACAAGUUCGGAAUGCAAGUCCACAUGGUGGCCUUAA